UAGUGACUCAGCCUAGCGCCGGGGCAGGCAGAGACGCUCCGUUGCAGGUACUUAAGCGCCGCGAGGAAAGCUUGUCAGCCAGUCGAAGCGCAGAGUUCAGAGUGGAAGGUUGUCUAAAAUGUUUCCUGAUUACGAGUACUUCUUUUACCAGUACAAGGGCAUGUGCCCUUUCACGUGCCUGCCCUUGGAACUGGAAGAUUUCCAACCGGAUAUUUUGGUCGUGCCCGACUAUGACGAUGUGGAAGAAUAUCAAGUUAUAACAACGGAAUUUACGGAAUGUUUGCAAAUACCUGGAGACGAGCCUUAUGAAAGUGACACGUCCGAGACCUACCCUGUCAGUCCUGUUGCCUCACCUAUCAACGAGCCGCCGUAUCAUUGGACUCAAGCAGUUGCCACGAGACUCGUGCCUGUGGCAGCUGACUUCAAAUUCACAUUUAGGAAGUCACUCAGUACUGACAGCUGUCCAAGCUCUCCAGCCCCGGUCAAACCGGCGCCCCUGCCUCCUCUUGGCUCUACGCCGAGGAGGCAAUCCCGAAGGAGGCUAAUAAUAAUUACCAAAAUUAGAAGAAUUGACUUCGACGUGCCGGAAGAAUAA